ACGAAGGUGUCUUGCACUAAUAGUUAUAAGGUUGAUAUAUGUGUUUCGGAGUAAUAAAAAGACAUGCUACACUUCAUAUUAAGUUUACUUUAUUUAUAGUCGCGAUGCACUUAGUGUAAAUAUAAGGAAAUACAAACCAGGAAGUUUAUUUUCAUACGCAAUAACUUGGAUCUAGUAAAGGCUGUAAAAUCUGCAAUGGCGAUAUACAUGUAUAUUGAAUUGGUGGUUUCCUCUCUGCUUUUUUAUUAUGGGCACUGCAUGUAUUACAAUUUCCAAAGGGACCUUUGUUUGGAAACAACCCUAAAGUUUGCAAUGGGCGAUAAAAACUGCAAUUUUACAUUCUCUGAUGCAAACUCAUCCCUUGCCGAGGAACAGACAUACUGUCCAUAUACCAGUACCUGUGAAGUCGUAAUGUCUAAUGACUAUUAUUAUCGCCAGAGCCAUUACAGGAUAGAAACACUUCAACUGAUAUUCCGUGACCAAACUCUUAGUAUUGAAAGUUGUCCUUAUCUUGAUACUUAUGUAUAUAAUUAUGUAUAUGGCAAGACUUUGACAGUUGAUUGUACAAAAUGGACCUCCGACAAAGAAGUCGUCGGAAGAUGGUGUUUUUUGGAUACACAAUGCACAGGUACGAUUAAUUCGGGAGUCUGUGAAGACUGGAGAUGUGUCUGUAAGAGGGGAUAUAUUUCCAUCAACGGACAUUGCUACGAAGCUGAUGUUCCGUUGGGUCAUUUGUGCAUCUCUAGUAUGCAGUGCACGACGAGUCCAUUCUCGGGAGUCUGUGUAAAUUACAAGUGUGCAUGCCGUGACGGAUAUAUCAACCAUAACAGUACAUGUUACCCAGACAAUGUACUCGUCGGUGGAGCGUGUGUUUUGAAGGAACAGUGUACUGGUACAAACCAUUCAGGAGUUUGUAAGAACAGGAGAUGUACCUGUAAGGAGGGAUACAUGUCCAUUGAAGGAGAUUGUUACAGAGCUGAUGUUCCGUUGGGUCAGGGAUGCGAGUAUGAUACGCAGUGCACGAGGAGUCCAUUCUCGGGAGUCUGUGUGAAUCACACAUGUGCAUGUCCUGCUGGAUAUAUCAACUAUAACAAUACAUGUUAUCCAGACAAUAUACUCGUCGGUGGAGCGUGUGAUUUGGACAAGCAGUGUACAGGUACAGAACAUUCAGGAGUUUGUAAGAACAGGAGAUGUACCUGUCAGGAGGGAUAUGUGUCCAUUGAAGGAGAUUGUUAUAGAGGAAACCUAUCAUUAAAUGAGCCAUGUAAGUUAAAUGAGCAGUGUUCCGCCUCGCCUUAUGCAGUCUGUCGGAAUACAACCUGUACGUGUGAGGAUGGAUUUACUGUCGUGGAUACAACGUCUUGUGUAUAUCGUAUGUACUGUAUCACAUUUCUUUUCUUAUCUAAUCAUGUGUUCCUCGACAAAUUCACUAACUUCUCAAACAAUAACAAUCUGCAUGAGCUAAUAUUCAAUACAUCUUCUUUUCAAUCUCGAUGUUCUACACUUACAAUAAUUGGACUGAAAGAAAUUGUUCCUGCGAGGUCAUUGGAGCAAUCACAGGCUGAUGGGAAUGGACCUGUAUCUAUCGUGGGGGCAUUGAUUGGAGGACUUCUUGGUGGUGUCCUAAUAACAACAAUCAUAGUGUACAUCAUAUCCAGAAGAUCCAGUACUAAAGUGAAGAAACGGCAAGUGACAAUAAUAUAUACAUAUUCACAUUUGCUGAAGGUUGGCUUCAUUGGAAAUCUUUCUCUGGAGAACGUGAGGGUCAAGGUGACUGAGAUGAGUGUUGGGGCUCAUGGAGCCCUUCUUUACUUUCUUUUCAGUGAGGAACCCGUGGCAAUGUUUGUAGCUAAUAAUUCUUAUGGGUCAAAUGGAAACAUUGAAAGAGGAUCUAAAAAUGGAUCGAAAGAUGAGAAAAAACCGCGAAAGGUCGUAAAUGUACCCCCAUACGCCUGUUCAGCAGACUCGCCAACAUACAGCAAUGCCCGCGAUGUCGCAAAACAGCCUACCAACGAAGACGUGUACAACCACCUGCAUGAAAAAGAAACAAUUGACUGCGACAACGAUUACGAUCACACUACCGGAAUCACUGGUCACGUGACCGAAGACAGCGAUUACAGUCACCUUCAUUCUGGUAGAGGAAAUAUGAGGUUGAACUUAUCUGUUGAUGACGAGUACGCCAAUACUGUGCCAGGAGAUACAUGCACUGACGACUACUUCACUCUGGAACAGCAGUAAAGGAUAAUUUAUAAUGCCGCGCACCUGUCAGUACAGGAUACGAUCGUCUAUUCUUGGUCAUUAAAUAUAUGUCGGAUAGAUUUUACAUAGAUUUAUUACAGUAAACUCCUACAGAGGAACGAGGGGCUCCCACUAUCUUUAUGCAUCUUCCUUUUGAUUAAAAAAAAUCCUGCGAAUUUUAUGCUCAUUUAAUACAUUUAUUCGCAUAAUAUUCUGGCGAAAAUCGUGGAAUUUUGAUAUUUUCGUGUGAUGUUCUAUGAUAUAUAAUAGCUUCUAACAAUUGUCAUGUGAUAUAAUAGUACAAUAUUUUUCAUUAAAAUAUUGCAAUGUUUAUGCUACAUUGAAAUGUGAAGAAAUGAAGGAACAACAAAGCUUAUCAAACAUUAUUUUGUAUAGUUCUGUGUUUACAACACAGAAAAUUUAUAAAUAACUUCAUUUGUACAUUUGUAAUUAUCAGUUUUUGUUAACUUCAUUUUACUAUCCUAUCCUGCUAGAAAUCUCACUCUAAUUCUUGAAAUCAAUAUAUUAUAGAUGAUUGCAUAACAAGACUGAUAAUGGUCAGAUGAUUUUCCUUCAAAAUAUUUUGCAAUAAAUCCAUAUGAAUAUUUCAAGCGAGUACAUGGGGGGGGGGGUACCUUUCAUCUUCUCAUGCGAGAAGAUGUGAAUGUUAUAUGAGAAUCAUGUGAGACACUUUUCCAUGUGUGUUUACAUAGAAUACCAAAAUAUUAUGCCAUGAUAUUAAUACCAUCCUCAAAUACUGAUAUAAUUAUAAGUUUAAUUAUAUACAUGUAGUUAUAUUUUGCAGUUUUUCUUUUUUUAAGAGAAAUGCUUUUAACAAACCAAUACUCUGAUUUCUGUCACGGCGUGAUACCGAUCAAUUACAAAUGAUACGUACUUCCUACUCACCCAGUGUGAUCUGUGUUAAUUUAGUAUCAAAAUUACAACGUAACAUCCCUGUAAUUUAUUUCUUCCUUCUUUCUCUUUCAUAUAUUGAGAUUUCCAAUGAUUAUUCUCUUAUUUAUCUUCCUUAAUGGCAAUCAAAAUAUAUGCUUUGAACAUUUCAAUGGCUAAAUAACACUUAACACACUCUUGUUUUUAUUUCAUUGAGUAACAAUUAAUUUUUACUUCAUGUUUUAUGGAAUCGAGAGUCAGAUCAGAUUAGUAUACUAGUAUAUAUAUAUGUGAAUUUUUGACACAUUUACAGAUGUAUUCAGGAUACUUUCAUUUAAAAAAUGAAUUUCAUUUUUGAAAAUAAUCGAGGAUCUGAACUACGGCGCUUUCCGCUGGCGUACUUCACAAAGCACGUUGAUGUUCUAAUUUCUUUUAUACCAGUCUCAUCAUUUACACUAGUCUCAUAAACCCCUUGGAGAAAGUGUUAAUUUAGUUUUAUCUUUCACUUCACUUUGUUCAGAAAAUAUCGCAAAAAAAUGUCCAUACAAGGUGAAAAACUAAUUCAGGUUACGAUACAAAAGAAAUUUCUAUUCAUCAGAGCGUUGUAAUGAUUUAAAUUUGUCACAGCAUAUGAAAAACCACCACAGUCACACACAAUACAUAAACAGCAAAUCUAUCUUAAAAUUCGUUCAAUUUCUAACACAUAUUCCGUUUAUAAAACAUACAUGGGAAGGAUAAUUUGAAUAUAUAACUGAUGUGCUUAUGGAAUGAAAUAACAAGAAAUGUUAAUAUUUUGAAAAUAGUUAUAAGUCCAAAAAUAGAAGUUAAUUAUUACAGAAAUAAGACAUGCAAAACAAUAUACGCUAUGUGAAUUUUAUAUAACCCUAAUUUCCCUAUUUCAUGCGAAAAGCGUUCGCAUGUAUUUAAAACAAAGAAUGGGUUCAACCUCAUACAUGUAGAUAAGAAUAUUAAAAUAACGCGGAGAAAGAUAUUAUCAGCUGCCGUCCACUAUUUAAACUUUUUUUAAGUGUAUAAAUUCCUUACAUUUAUAAUUAUUGUAAUCGCGAUCUUGAAUAUUUGAUUUUGGAAUUGUUUAUUAUUGAUAGUCGAUUAUAAUAAGUGAUACACAUUGCAUUUUGUUACAUGCACUUGUGUUCAUGCUUUUGAGACUGUUUUAAAUGAUUAUUUGUGUAUAUAAUUGUAUAUAUCACCUGGAAUGCCCUUGGUAAGAAUAGUGCAUGUACUAAUCAGGCCACCUUCUUGAAAUAAAGUACCAUUGUUAAUGACAGCACUGUUAACGAGACCUAUGUAAAGGAGCCAACGGAUGAACAAGUGAACAUAACGAACGGUGAUCUAUCUCACAAAUUAUAUAAAGAAUACAACAUUAAGAGGAUGGCAAACACGUACCCCUUGACAUACCAGAGGUGGGAUCAGGUACUUAGGAGUAGUAGGCAUCUCCUGUUGAUCGGUCACACCUGCCGUGAUCAGGUAAACGGAGUAAUCGGCAUUCAAAAUCAACAUGUAAAAAACACGUUAGACAGCAUUCAACCAAGUGAGAGCUUGUAUUUGCAAAUUAGAUCAUUGUAUAAGACCAAAGAAUUUGCAAAAUGCUGACUUUUUACCACUGUAACAUUAAACUUAAUAUAUAUCAAUAGCCUGCCUCGAUUUAGAAUUUGAUCAUACACAGAGCAUGAUCUCGCGUUUCGAAUAAGUGACAGUGUGAUACAGGUGAUAGUGAAAUACUGCUACACAAAUAUGGGAAGUUGACGAUGGAGAAGCUGAAGUCAUCCCGUUUGUCGUCGAGUUGUUUGUUGUUACUAAAUAGCAUGCCGUUGACAUCUGUGUCAUUACAAAUCCAUUACCAUGUACAUAUAUUUUUGCUAUAGAAUUGUAAAUGUAGUAAAGUCCUGAUUGUGUACUAGGAUGGGAUACACAUCAGUCAAUCUUUAAAACAUGGUCCUAAAUUAUGCCUAUGGCCAAAACUGUACAUGUUUCUUUGAUGAUAAAAAUUCACAGGAAGAAUGUUUCAGAAUGUGGUAUUUCUAUUGACCCAGUGCGGCCUUAUCUAGAUGCUAUCCCUGACUUACUUGUUUCUUGUUCAUGUUAUGGAGGAUGUGAUAGCAGAAUUUCAAUGUCCAAUGAUAUCGAGAUGUAAUGAUUAUACAGAUUUACUUUCAUGCUUGUAUUUUCAAAAUGGUCAGUUAUCGUUAGUUCACAAUCAUCCUUGUUGUGCUCAAAUUUUAGGACAAAGGAGAAUUGCUGCUUGUUAGUGGUGUGACAUUUGCUAAUAUUUGCAAAGGAUUUUUUUGUGAGUGAGUUGCAUUUGAUGACAUGUACUUCAAAGAGUUGCUUGAUCUUAAUUAAUAACUAUUUUUGAAAGUUACAUUGUUCUUGAAAUCAAAACUAGAAAUGUAAAAGAUUCUUUGUGUGUGUUCAAAUAGAGGAAGAAGCAAUGGAUUGUUCUGAAUCAAAUGUUUUGAAUGGAAAUGUGGAUUUUUGUCCAAUUUGCAAAAUGACUGUACAAGAAGCUGUUAAUAAUUACAAAGUUUAGAGUGUGCAAUGUUACAAAUGAAAAGUAUAGUUUCACCUUUCCAUGUGUAAAAGUGACAAAAGCAAUCUUUGAAGAACAUGCAAGAAUGUAUUUGUCCAAAUUGUUCUAAUUGAUGAAUUGUUUCUGAAUUUUGUAUUGUUUUUCUGUUACCAAUCUGAUGAAAUUCACAUUCAAACUUGUAAACUCUUGUUUUUUAAUUGCUGCAUAAUUUUUCUUUACGUUUUAAUCUAUCGUUUAAAUGUACAUAUGUCACAAACAACUUGAUCCCAAAGCCCAAAAAUGACUGUUAGUUGACUUGGAUUAUUGAAGUGGCAACUAAUGGGAUCCGCUUUGAAUAUUUGAUUUUAGAAACGUUACUACUACAUAAAAUUGUUGUAUGUGUAAUAAUAUUAAUUUUGUUCAGCAAAAGAUAUUCUGUGAAUAAAUAUGGCCAUUGAAAUUAC